AUGAGCAAGGGCAACGACAUACUCGACAAGGAUGACCUGAAGCGCUUGCGCGAGGCGGCGUUCGGGCCGCAAACUUUCUGGGUCACCGAAACGCUACCUCUGCAGGACCUGGACAAAUCCGGCAUCCUCAUCCGCGGCAACCUCCGCGACUCCCGUGAAAAAGUUUUUGCGCAUGUUUGCGCGAAGGUUUCGGAGCUUUUUGGCGAGGGCAAGUACGAAGUGAUUAUGGUGGAGGACGAGCUCCUUCCAGGGGAAGCAGAGCCAAUUGGCAAGGCCGCAGCCUUCGGGCCUCGCGUUGCGUUUCAAAUCGUGCCCGCAGCUCAGGCUCAGCCGCCACAAACCAACGCCUGGCGUCAAGGUGCCGCAGUAGUGCUCUUCAUGCUCUUCGUGGCUUCGUGUCUUCAGCUUUCCCUCGUCGCGAACAUCACCAAAUUACCACGGGAGACAUUGGAGUUCUUCGCCAACGCCGACAGCUUCAACUCCGACGCGCUGCCGCCGGGUCUGGAAGAUUGGGAUCCAACGUCGUACUUCAUCACUGCCGUACCGAUCUUCGUCUCCCUCCUCGGAAUCAACUUCUCCCACGAGAUCGGGCACCGCAUCGCGGCUGCCGUACGCAACGUCAAGCUCGGCCCGUCGUACUUUGUCCCGAACUUGCAGCUGGGGUCCUUUGGCACGAUUACGCCGUUCACGUCACUUUUGAAGGACCGUACGGCACUGUGGGAUGUAGCGACGGCGGGGCCGUUGGCGAGCGCGCUCGCGUCCAUGGCGGUGAUGGUUCUGGGGCUGCUGCAGUCCUCCCCUGGCCUGCUGCCGAAGGAGCUGCUCAUCCCGGUGCCCACAGCGCUGUUCCAGUCCAGCUUGCUGCUGGGUACCGUUGUGAAGGCGGUGCUUGGAGACCAGAUCACCGCGGGAACCGAGGAGGUUCUGAUCAGCCCACUGGUGAUCGCCGGCUGGUGCGGCCUGGUCACAACCGCCCUCAACCUGCUGCCGGUGGGCUCCCUGGACGGGGGGCGCAUGGUGCAGGCCGCGUACGGAAGACAGGCGCUCGCGCUGUCUUCCUUCUUCACUUAUGUGGGACUAGGCCUGGGGCUGUUAGGAUCAAGCCUUUCGCUGCCGUUCGGACUGUACGUCAUUAUCUGCCAGCGUACGGCAGAGAAGUACAUCAAGGACAAUGUGACCCCCCUGGGGGACGGCAAACGAACCGCCACGGCGGCGGCGGUGCUGGCGGCCAUUCUAAUACUGGUGCCGAUGGCGCCGGAGGUGGCUCAGUCCAUCGGGGUGGGCAAGGUGGAUCCAUUCUUUUAG